UGAUAAAUUCAAAGACAGACUACAUUUAAAAAUACGAUAAUUGUUAGUUACUGUUAAAUUUACGUAACAGAGUAUCAUUGAUCGAUGAUGGACUUUAGCGAAGGGCACCAAAUUGAUACAGCCGCGGCACCGCGCUAUUUACGCCAUGACAGCUAACCUGUUUAACUUUGUGAUGUCGUUUUUAAGUUCGAAACAACUACAAAAUAAACACUAAACACGCACAACAGUUGCAGUUCUGUACCAGAAGUCUGCUGGUAUUGUGAUAACAGACAUGCAUCUGGAAGAGCAGUACAAGAAGUUUGAAAUAACAGUAUAUAAGACAGGAGUGGGGAAAAGAAAAUGAAUUAAUGUCACUGUGUUCGAGACACCAAAACAGUAAAGAAGAAAAACAGUUACUGCAACAGGCCUAUACACAGUGGAUUUUGAUCAUAUGGAAGGUGGAAAAAUCAUUUGAGGAAGUUGAUUUUGUACAUUUUGACUUUACACGUAACACUUCAUUUACGGAAAUGCAGUUUGAUUCAAAUAUAAGAUAUGACAAGAAAAGACAACACAUGGAAAAUUAUAUGAAAGUGAAAAAUUGAAUUCACUAAAAGAUGACAAGAGAGAGUGAAUGAUGUGGUGGUAAUCCUUAGAGGCACGAAUUUCCAGAGGUUGGAGAGAGCAUAGUGAUGAAUGCUGAGCAGCAUGUGCCUUCAGCUACAGGCAGCCAGUCAGAGGAGCAAGCAUCAGCAUCUGCUGUUCACAGAAAUACAGGAACAUCAGCUGAUUUACGUGUGGGAACAGCUGUUGCCCUCUCUAGUGUGGCAAAAUACUGGGUUCUCACAAAUUUAUUUCCAAGUCCACUUUCACAAGUGUACAUCCAGCCAUCUCGACAGGCUUGUGAGAACGGAAAGAACUCACAGGAAAGUGUUGCCCAGCAGACUUGUGUCAAUGGCCAGUCGGGAAUUGGAGCGGCGACAGACACAAUGGCAUUAGUGCCUCAUCACACAGAGCAGCAGCCGCAACAACAGCCUCUUCCCGUGCAGACACCUAUUGCACCAUCGCAAGGUACUGUUGCUACCAUAUCUCUACCAUCUUCACAUGGAGAGCUUGCUGUUUCAAUAAGUGUUGAAAAUAAAGUGAAACAGGACAAGGGAACCUGUACAACUGAGAGGUGUGGAGAAAAUCAGGUUCAUUGCCAGGUGCAGUGUGACCUUCAGUUGGUAAACACUAAUUCAGUCACACAGCCACACAGUGAACAGUUGGUAGCCCAGCAACAGGCAAUUGCCUUACACAUCUCUCAGCAAUUACAACAGCAUCAUCAGCAGCAACAGUUGCAGCAAACUCAGCAGCAGCAGCAGCAGCAACAACAACAACAACAGCAACACCAGCAGCAGCAGCCGCAGCAACAGCCACAUCCAGCUCCAUCACAACACCAGCAGCACCAACAAAACCAGCACAUCCAACAUCACCCUCUACAGCCACAAGUGCAUCAGUCACAGCAGCAACACCAGACCCCAUCACCACAGCUUCAGAAUCAACAACAGCAGCAACAGCAGCAGCAAUUGCACUUACACCAUCAGGCUUCACACCAGAGGCAAGCACACCAACCACCUCCACCUUCCCAGCCACCUCCAGCAGCAUCUCUGCCCCAAGGCCACCAACAGCAGACUUCCCAGAUGCACCAGCAACAGCAGUCACAUCAGCAGGCCCCACAGCAAUCACACCAACCUCACCACCAGCAGCAACAGCAGACACAAACACUUCAGCAGCAUGUUCCACAACAUCAGCAGCAGCAACCAAUACAUGCGGAACAAAUGUGUCACUCACACCAAACACACCCACAACAACCGCAGGGCCAGCAGCAGCAGACACAACAGUCACCUCAUCAAGCUCAACAGCAGCAACAAGCACAGCAACUGCAACAGCAAUUACCACAACAACCAUUACAUCAGCAGUCACAACAAGGACAUCAGCCGCAGCAGCAGCAGCAGCAGCAGCAGUCAUCAUCCCAGCCAAAGCAACAGCAGCAGCAGAUAACUGGCAGUGAAAAUCAAAACAGGCCAGCAGAGGGUCAGCAUGCAAGUCGCAGCACGUCAUCCUGCUCUCGUGAAUCUAGUACUCAAGUAGAUACUAGCUCUGAUCACUCAGACAAAGAUGAGAAGGCAACUGUUUCAUCUGCAUCUACUAAAGAAGAACGCAUCUUGUUACCAGGGUUUCCAAUUCAAGAUCUUAAAGGCCACACAAUGGAUAUUCGCACUCCUGAUGGAAAUAUUGUAAAGAUAAGUGCUCCUAUUAAUGGUGAACAGGACCUUUCCAAGACACUUGGAGUUGAAAUGGUCCAAAACAUGUACAAGGUGAAUGUAGAGGAAUUCAACCAGUUGUUAGCGUACCAUGAAGUAUUUGGCAAACUACAAAGUGAGAUGGUUGCAAACAGUGCACAGGGUGCAAUGCUGUCCACUGGAAAGUCUUGUGGAGAGGGGAGUGUGAGUGCUGUGGCUGCCCAGGCUUCUGCCAUCCUUAAUACUCCUGGCACACAUCCCUGCGAGGUCUGCGGCAAAAUCUUCCCGUACCGUUAUCAGCUGAUUGUGCAUCGACGCUACCAUACUGAGCGGAAGCCCUUCACGUGUCAGGUGUGUGGGAAGGCAUUCUCUAGUGCUGCCGACUUAACGAGGCAUGGCAAAGCUCAUCUCGGUGGGAGCAUGCUGACUUGCUCAAUCUGCUUCCACGUCUUCGCAAACGCUGCCAGUUUGGAACGCCACGAGAAGCGGCACUCAGCAGACAAACCAUACGCCUGUUCGGUGUGCGGCAAGACGUUUGCACGCAAAGAGCACCUAGACAACCACACCCGCUGCCACACCGGAGAGACGCCUUACCGCUGCCAGUACUGCACAAAGACGUUCACGCGCAAGGAACACAUGGUCAACCACAUCAGGAAGCACACAGGUGAGACGCCUCACCGCUGCGACAUCUGCAAGAAGUCUUUCACACGAAAGGAACACUUCACGAACCACAUAAUGUGGCACACAGGCGAGACACCUCACGCCUGCCAGAUCUGCGGGAAGAAGUACACGCGGAAGGAGCACCUGGCCAACCACGUGCGGUCGCACACCAACGACACGCCAUUCCGCUGCGAGAUGUGCGGCAAAUCGUUCACGCGGAAGGAGCACUUCACGAACCACAUCAUGUGGCACACGGGUGAGACGCCUCACCGGUGCGACUUCUGCUCAAAGACGUUCACACGAAAGGAGCACCUGCUGAACCACGUGCGCCAGCACACCGGGGAAUCUCCGCACCGCUGCAACUUCUGCUCCAAGUCGUUCACGCGCAAGGAGCACCUGGUGAACCACGUCCGCCAGCACACAGGCGAGUCUCCGCACCGUUGCGAGUUCUGCGCCAAGACAUUCACCCGGAAGGAGCACCUGACGAACCACCUGCGGUGCCACACCGGCGAGACCCCUCACUGCUGCCACGUCUGCUCCAAACCGUUCACCCGCAAGGAGCAUCUCGUGAACCACAUGCGCAGCCACACGGGCGAGCGGCCUUUCGGCUGCGCUGAAUGUGGAAAAUCUUUUCCCCUUAAGGGUAACCUACUGUUCCACCAGCGGUCACACAACAAAGGUGCAGCUGCCGAAAGACCUUUCCGCUGUGAUCUCUGCCCUAAGGACUUUGUAUGUAAAGGGCACCUGGUCUCCCACCGCCGUAGUCAUUCUGGCGAUCGGCCACACUCGUGUCCGGACUGUGGGAAAACUUUUGUGGAGAAGGGAAAUAUGCUCCGGCACUUGCGCAAGCAUUCAGCAGUCGGUCAACAACUGUCUCUAGUACCACACCACCAUGGCGUUGUCGUUCAGCACUUGGCACAUCAUCCUCCCGCGCUUCCUCCCACAGCUCCUCCUCCUGCCCACCCACAAGCUGCUAUCCAGCAUCCUCCACAGCCACAACCACAGUCACAGCCACAGUCAUCACAGCAACCCCCAUCUCAUCAACAGCAGCAGCAACAGGCACAGCAGCAGCAGCAGCAGCAGCAGCAGCAGCAGCAGGCACAGACCCAACAACCUCCACCACCACAAGCACCACAACCACAACCACCACCGCCACCACCACAGCAACAACAGCCUCCCCCACUUCCAGGACCACCUCAUUCCGCAGUUGUUGUACCGACACAAAAUGCUGUCCUAGCCACGUACUGAAUCCAGUAAUAAACUGCUUGCAGUUGUUAAUUGUUCCUGAGUCCAAUGAGUAUAAUAUUUUCAGUCUUCUAAUUUAAUGCUAUGUGCCAUAUCUGCCAAUAUUUUCAGAUUUCAUCUACAACCAGCAUUAAUUCAGACAUUACACAGGUAACUUUUAAUAUGUUUGCAUAAUCAUGUAAUUAUUUGAAUUUUUUAAUAUUCAGUAAGUAGGAAAAACAAUUUUUUUAGAUUGAAGCAAGAAACAGCAGAUUGUGUACUAUUGUGUAAUUUUUAUAAUUGACAGAGCCUCAGUUCAGCACCUGUUAAGUGAGUUUGUUAUUCUUAUUUGUAAUUUAAAAUUUAGUCUGCCAAACAUAAAUGCUUCAGAAAUUUCAAUCAUAACUCACAAUUUGAAGAGAAUAGUGUUGGUUUGUGACUCGCCUGUGCUACAUAUUGUUUCAAAAUUUACAUGUGCAUAUUCGUUACAUGUCGGUACUUUAUUUCUUCAUGAUGCUUUGUGAGCUUAGAUUUGAUCAACUACUGUGAAGUUAAGAUCUGAGCCCCUUUUAGUGUAAGGAAUUCUUUGUUUUUGAAUCAAGAAUUUGAAAUUUUUAUAAUUGUGUAAUUAUCACUAAAGGAUUGGACACACACCAAAAAAAUGUGAUAGGACAAAUUGGUGAUGCAUUAUAGAACAGUGUAUAUUUCAUUCACUUGGGACCAGAAUAUUUCUUUCCAUAGUCACAUCAGAUUUUUGAAAGCACCAGCUUUUGGUCAAGCAUUGGUAAAAAAUGUUAGAUUUUAAACUAACUUAAAUCCCCUUACUGUUCACUUUUAGUAUAUAAGUUGGUUUCUUUCCAACUUGAAGUGCUUUUCAUGUACGUUGCUGGACAUUACAUUGACAGUUAAUUAUGGUAUUCUAAUAGAAGUCUUAAAAUCUCACUUCAGAGUAGACCUCAGAUAGUUGUUAAAAUAAUGGUGUCGACAGUAAAUAUCACUGCUAUGGAUUCACAGUAAACGUCUGAGAACUGGAACUUUAUCUUCAUGAUUUUUAAAGGAAGGUUCUUUUUCAUGGUACAAAUUAAUCAUCUUAAUUUUUUCUUGUUAUUGAAUAAGUAUUAUUUUUUGCAUCUCACAUUACAGCAUAUUUAAAAUAUGACUAAACAUUGUUCAUUUGCACAAUGUGUGUGCAUGUUGCUUAUUAGGUGUGGCAUAUCAAGUGAUUCAGUUUCUGAUCGCAAUAAUUAUAAAAUGCCUUUGUGUAGAUGUUUGCACGUCAGCAUUCUGAUAAAUAUUUUGUAUAAAGCAUGGUAUUUUUGAGAAGCUUUAGACCUUAGGAGAUCUUUACUCUAGUUGUGAUACUGUAGGUUUUAAAGCUUUUAGAUGGCAGCUAAAGGGGGAAAAAAACAGUCAUUGCAUUAUUAAUAGAAAAAAGUACCUUAAAUCAGUGUGUGUUUGAGAGAGAGAGAGAGAGAGAGAGAGAUUAAGCAGCAAAAAGGGUGCUUAUAAAUAACAACAGUGGCAUAAUUGACAGCAGUUUUUAAAAUAUUUUUCACUUUAGAUAGCACAGAAGUUCCAUCUAGUAUUUGUUGUCCAUUUUUGUACUUGCCAAUAUAUGUUACCCCUCCAAUUCAUUGCAAGAGGAAAGCAAAUCUCAGUUGCCAUACGUUGUUGAGCAUAUUUUAAGUUACUGGCAGUUUUCUGUUUGUUCCAGAGUGAGGGUCUUUGUAAAAUUAAAUAAAGGUAGUCCAUCCCUUCUUCUGCUCAAGCAUUAGAAGUCACUUUUGUUUAAGCUGUUUAAAAGUACCGUUCUGUAAGAAAAUAAGCUUCAUGCUAUUAUUCUUUGCCCAUAAACUUUUCAUUCCACAAAAGAGCUACAGAGUUGAAUUCUACAUGUGACUAAAAAAUUUACACAGUGGUUUGUAAUUUAAAUAGCUACCUAUAUUAGAAUAACUUCUCAUUUGUGGUAUUUGACAUAUCUGCUUGGCUAUUGUUGGAGUGUUGAUCCAUUUAUAUCCAUAAAAUUCAGAGGAAACACAUCCAGCUUCAAUCAUGGUCAUGAGUCUGGUGAAAAAUUCCGAUGAAUUUUGAAUCUUGAAGGUUAAGGUGCGGAAGGUAUUAUUUUGUUACAGUUUACUAAUGCUAAGUCCACUGGCCGUAUUAUACCAGGUGGCAUGCUGAGGAUUAUCAUGUACAUAUAAUGUUAAAAUAAUAUAUUGAGCAACUGAAGAUCAGUCUUCAGGGAUUAAAAUGCAAUGUGCUUUCUCAUGAACACCAUUGUUGUAUCUGAUCAUGGUAUUUUUUCUAUUAAAUUUUACAAGUAUUUGACAUUUCCUCUGACCAUUGUGAAGAAACAUUAUUUCACAACAAUAAUAUUUUUUGGUUUUGAUGUAAUCAAAUAUGACUGUUUCAUACACUGCCUUCAUUUCAUUAAUACUGCCAUGAACUGACCACUAUUAAUUUUAUAAUAUAUUAGGGAUGAAUGGACAACUAGUCUAUGGAAUAACAGAUUUACUGCUGCAAAACCAUUUAAAUUUACCGUUGGGAACAAGUAUGUUUAUUUCUAUAAAAAUAAUGCAUUGCUCUUGCAUUGUUAAAGGCAGUUUUGGAUCAUACUAUUAAAUUAUUGGCAGUGUCAUCUGCCAGCAGCUUCAUUAAUUGUUUCUGUUAAAACAGCAUUGCUUCGAUCUAACUCAAGGUUUAAUUCCAGAUUUUAAGGAAUUUUUCUUCUGUCUCCUACUUACCAGCUGUCUUACUAUGUUUCCUCUCUAAGGUAUCUUAUUUUUUCUCGCCUUUGGAGGAACAUCAUGUUAGUCAUAGCUACCUCAUUUUGGAUUGCCCUCUGUUAUUAUUUUCAUAUAGAAACUGAAAAUUGUACAAAUGAAAGUUUCAGUAAGAUAUUCAUAUUUCUGUACUGUCCUCUUUCCACCUUUGUACUCACACUUAUUGGCUUCAUGUUUUGUCUUUUUUGCCCUACCAAAUUUUCUUCCAGACCAUCAACAAAAACUAAAAUAAGGGAACUGCCAAACUAGUGAAACUCCCUCAGUAAUUGCUAAUCUUUGUAAUUUGAUGAUUUUUGUCGUAAAAUAUUACUUCACUUGGUUCUGUUAAAAGUUUUUCAUUUAAUAAGCAUUGGAUAAUGUUGUAAAAUCAGUUUGUCUAAGUCUUAGAAUCUUUAGUGAACCAAAUUAAAUUCCCUUGAAUAUGAUCAUGUGAUGUAGAGAAAAUUUGUGGUGACAUGUGUCAGUUCUGUUUUAUAUUUUUAUGUACAUAUAUGUCCUGCAUUGGGUGAUUCGUUGAUAACAUGUUGUGAAAAGAAGAAAACCUUAUUUGACCUGUGUGAUAAUUUUGCAGUUGUUCCUGAUAAUCUGAUUACAGACAUCGCAUAUCUAGUAUUUUAAAAUAAAUUUUCUUUGUAUUUGAGAUUGAAUAUAUCAUGAAUC